AAGUAUCUUUCUGUGUUAUGUACCAAUGUUUUUUCGGAUGUAGAGAUGGAAUGUUGCUAUUGUUUUUGAUGUAAUCAAUAGUGGUGUCGUGUAACACUGAAUCUCAAAUUGCUGCAGAGAUCGAUAGCGAGUUUGUGUGACUGUCGUCUGUUAGUAAUUCACCGCAGUACAGAACCAAGUUACUAGCAGCUACUGGACCAAGGUCGUUGAUUUAUAGCAAGAACUCUGACGUCCUGAUCUGUGUUAUAGAAGGAAGAACACGCUUAGCCCCCGGGGUAGUCGAUCCGGAUGAUUUACGCAUUGGGUCUGCUUAAUAUUUGGGUAAUGCCAGACCCAUAGAGCAGAUGAUGAAACACAACGACCCAAGUAUUAAAUUAUAAACUGUUAACUGGAUUGUAUUGUUAAAUCCAAUUAAUUAUGCCACAUAGGAUUACUGAUUAUUAAAUUCAUGUCUGGAGAUGUUUAGUGGAAUUAUUUUAAUCUCAUGGCUGUGUUUUCUACCAGGUACAUGUGGGCAGAUAUGGAUGGACAUGACGCCUAUCAAACAACUAGUGAAGGCAGGGGGAUCAACAACGCUAGCCUGUACUGUUGAAAAUCUCGGAAACAGCCAUGUGAUGUGGUUUGGACCACGGAAUGAUUUGUUGUUUAGGGGAGAGGAUCCGAUCAUAUCUGAUGUUCGAUUUAGUUUGAAGCGUCCCUACUCCAACUCCUGGUAUCUUGUUAUCAAAAACGUCAAAAUCGGGGACAGCGGGGUGUAUAAAUGUCAAGUGAGGUACCCUACCACUUUGACAAAAAAUAUCACAUUACAAGUUCAAGUUGCCCCUCGGAUCCUCCCAUCUUCUUCCAGUGAAGACCAGCAUGUACAGGAGGGAAGUGAGGUUAACAUCACCUGUGAAGCUACAGGAUUCCCGGAACCCAAAAUCAUGUGGCAUUUUGUUAAAGGCAACACAGAAACACAGCUUGACACAGGACCACAUUUAUCAAUAUCCAACAUCAGCAGAGAAGAGUCCGGUAUCUACAGGUGUACAGCUUACAAUACAGUCACUCCAAGUGCCACUCAAGACUUCAAGGUGGAUGUUGAAUAUGCACCAAUAAUCAUUGUAAAAACCCCUGAAUUAUCCCAGAAAUCUGGUAGGAGUGCUGUGUUAGAGUGUUCUGUAGUUGGCUUUCCCAAACCCAAGUAUAACUGGAAGAAAGACAACAAAAUACUAGUGAGGGACUGGAACUAUGAGCCUCAGAAUAUCCAGCAGAACUCCACCACCACUGUUAUGAACCUCCUCAUCAAACAGGCAGAACCUCCCUCAGGAUUCGGUGUGUACUAUUGUGUGGCAGAGAACAAGUAUGGGGAAGCAAUUGGCAAUGUCACAUUACAUGAGAUAACCACAACCACCACCACCACCACAGUCUCUCCUACAACCACAUCUACCACCACAGAAUCUACCACCACUCUAUCAACAGUUCCAUCCACACAGAUCUCCACUUCAUCUCUCCCAUCCACAUCCACACAGAAGUCCCAGACCUCACCUUCCCAGACACAAUCUCCAACAACUUCCAAAUCCUCCACCGUCAGUCCACGGACAACCUCCUCAUAUAGACCACUGGUGACCUCAGGUCCUGGAUAUGAAAUCAAUUUACCUGGAGAUCAAGGCAACAGCAGUGCAGGAGUGACUUUCCCUUCCAGAACAAUAUUCAUACUAGUUUUAACCAUAUUUCUCACAUUUUAAGGGUACAUAGUGAUGUGUUUUAUGCGUGUGUGUGUGAGAAUGAGAAGGGGGGGGGGCUCUUUUGCUCAUUGUGUUCAUCUAGUCAAAUUAAUUUUUAACAUUUCAAAUGUCUCAUAAUCUCAUAUUCAAAUUCAUAUUCUGCAGUUCAAAGUGGUGCAAUAUACACAUUUCCCCCCCAAUUUAAAUAAAGCAAUACAUAAAAACAUUGAUGUAUUAUAAAGUUGUGCAGACAAAUAAGCUUAUUUAGCUUAAUUUGUUAAAAAAAAAUCAUAGUGCUUAUUUGUACCUCAUUUACCAGCAAAAAUUUCUACUUUCAUUUUUACACUAUGUGUAUAUGUCUCAUCCAAUCAAACUUGAUCCCUGUCAGAGGUGGGUUUAAGCUAACAGGACAAGGAGGUUCUCAAUUAUAAUACUCCUUGACAAAGACAAUGUGUACUCAUUUUCAAAUGUUAAGCAUAAUUUGCAGUAUUAUGUAUAUAGAAAUUCCAUAUAAAUGAAUUUUGGGUUUUUUUUGUGCCAAAGUAUCUUAAUGUUAUGUUAUCUUUGUAUUUAUAAGGCUAAUGUACUUGUUUGUUAAAAUUAGGAAAAUAGUUGUAAUUAUGAAUUUUUUAAAAUGUCUUUAUUUCAGAAAAAAGUCGUAGUUAUUUAUUAUUUAUUUCACAAAGAUGAUGCAUUCUCACUAAGUUUUGAGAGGUGACAUUUUUUUUUAUGAUGAUUGCCCCAUUUUAUUUGUUUGCAUAUCUUUUUUUUUUUUUAAUCAUUAAUGUAUGUCUCACUUUAUAGUCAAGCAGGUUUUUGUUUUGUUUUUAGGAACAGCAAUUCAAAUAUUGCAAAUCUGUCUGGUUG